AUGUCCCACACGCACUCACAUGACGCCGCGUCACAUUCGCAUGCCGGCGGAGACCACGGCCACACACACGAGAUACUGGACGGACCAGGAAGUUUCAUCGGGCGCGAAAUGCCAAUCAUAGAAGGCCGCAACUGGGAGGACAGGUCCUUCACCAUUGGUAUUGGAGGUCCCGUAGGCUCCGGCAAAACAGCCCUCAUGCUCGCCCUCUGCAAAGCUCUCCGCACACGCUUCUCCAUCGCCGCCGUAACAAACGACAUCUUCACCCGCGAAGACUGCGAGUUUCUCACCAAGAACAAUGCUCUCCCUGCUGAACGCAUCGUUGCUGUUGAGACAGGUGGAUGCCCCCACGCUGCUGUUCGCGAAGACAUCUCUACCAACCUCCUCACCCUGACGCAGCUCCACCACAAGUUCGACACCGACCUCCUGUUGAUUGAGUCUGGCGGGGACAACCUUGCUGCGAACUACUCGCGCGAGCUCGCAGACUUCAUCAUCUACGUUAUCGAUGUAUCGGGCGGCGACAAGAUUCCGCGCAAGGGCGGUCCGGGCAUCACGCAGAGCGAUCUUCUGAUCGUAAACAAGUGCGAUUUGGCCGAGGCUGUGGGUGCAGAUUUGGGCAUCAUGGAGAGAGAUAGCAGGAGGAUGCGGGAGGGUGGACCGACCAUCUUUGCGGUCAUCAAGAGGGAUGAGGGGCUUAAGAAUAUCGUAGAUUUGAUACUGAGCGCAUGGAAAGCGAGUGGUGCGAGUCAAGCGCGGAAGGACAAGUUUGAGCCUGUGGUAAUGGAGUAG